GGUGCUAAGGUCAGCUCCGUCAGCCCGUUCACCCACCAUGUCGGCGCAGGACAAGCCCGGGUCCCGGCCACAGGCCGUCAACCCCAUCAAAAACUUCUUCGCGGGCGGUUUCGGCGGCGUGUGCCUAGUGUUCGCCGGACACCCGCUAGACACCAUCAAAGUGCGGUUACAGACGCAGCCGAAACCCUUACCUGGCCAAUCUCCCAAAUUCACAGGCACCUUUGACUGUUUCCGCAAGACCCUGGUUGGAGAGGGUGUGAAAGGGUUAUACAAGGGAAUGGCUGCCCCCAUUAUUGGUGUAGCGCCAAUGUUUGCUGUCUGCUUCUUUGGCUUUGGCUUGGGCAAGAAACUGCAGCAGAAGCAUCCUAAUGACAUCCUCACGUACCGCCAGCUGUUUGCUGCUGGGAUGCUCUCUGGAGUCUUCACCACCGUGAUCAUGGCCCCAGGAGAACGGAUCAAGUGUCUUUUGCAGAUUCAAGCAUCAACUGGUGCGACCAAGUAUGCUGGCCCCUUGGAUUGUGCAAGCCAAAUCUACAGGACAUCAGGCAUUCGGGGCAUCUACAAGGGGACUGCCCUCACCCUCAUGAGAGAUGUCCCAGCGAGUGGAAUGUACUUCAUGACAUACGAGUGGCUAAAGUUUUCACUUACUCCUGAGGGACAGAGGAUGAACAUCGAGAUCCCGCCCGGCCUCACCGACCUGCUGCAGGGCUACACCGUGGAGGUGCUCCGCAACCAGCCCACGGACCUGGUCGACUUCGCUAUCCAGUACUUCACCCGGCUCAAGGAGAAGGAGGAACAGCAACAGCGCAUCGACAGCCGGCAGGACAGCGAUGCCGACGCCAUGCAGACCGAGUCCACCGAGGACAACGAAGAGAGCGGGACCGAGACUGAUUCCGAGUCCGACUUCGAAGAACCAGUUAUAAACAGAUUAAACCGAAGGGUUUCAGUUUGUGCAGAAGCAUUCAACCCAGAUGAAGAUGAUGACGAAGAUAUGGAACCCAGGGUGGUUUAUCCAAAGUCAGAUGAUCAGCGAAAUAGAUUACAGGAAGCCUGUAAGGACAUUAUUCUGUUCAAAAAUCUUGACCAGGAACAGAUAUAUGAAAUCCUUGAUGCAAUGUUUGAAAGGAAAGUUGAACCUUCAGAGCACGUCAUUGACCAAGAUGAUGAUGGAGACAAUUUCUAUGUAAUUGAACGGGGUACAUAUGAUAUAUAUGUAACAAAGGGUGGGCAGCCUCUGCUCGUUGGCAAAUAUGACAAUCACGGCAGCUUCGGUGAGCUGGCACUGAUGUACAACACUCCAAGGGCUGCUACCAUCGUUGCUACCACAGAAGGAGCUCUUUGGGGGCUGGACCGUGUUACAUUUCGGAGAAUAAUUGUGAAAAACAAUGCAAAGAAGAGGAAGGCGUAUGAAAUAUUCAUUGAAUCAGUUCCUCUGUUGAAAUCACUGGAGCUUGCAGAGAGAAUGAAGAUCGUUGAUGUAAUAGGAGAGCGAUCAUAUCAAGACAAUGAACUUAUCAUUAGGCAGGGAGAUAAAGCAGACUGUUUCUACAUCGUACAAUCAGGAGAAGUGAAGAUCAUGAUCAAGAGCAAGACACUGGCAGACCAAGAGGACAAUGCAGAGGUGGAAAUUACCAGAUAUAGCAAGGGCCAUUAUUUUGGGGAAUUGGCACUGGUUACCAACAAACCUAGAGCAGCUUCAGCAUAUGCAAUUGGACCCGUUAAAUGCUUAGUGAUGGAUAUCCAGGCAUUUGAAAGGUUGUUAGGCCCUUGUAUGGACAUCAUGAAGAGAAAUAUAGUGAAUUAUGAAGAGCAACUUGUCUCCUUGUUUGGUACCAGUUUGGACUUGGAGAAUCCUGGUUUAUAGGCACAAUAUUAUUUAGUGCCUUUUCAGUUUGAUGGAAACAAAGUGAAAAAACACCCAUAAACACAAAAAAAACUCCCCACUGAAGAAAACAAAAUAGCAGUAAAUGAGCAAAACUGCAUUUUCUGCCUUUUUCCACGUAAUGGGGGCAACCACUAAGCGGAUGAGAUACAUUACCACCCAGCCAGGGAUGAGAAAAAGUGUGGCAUAUGUUCUGUUUUUUUUUUUUGUUAUCUGCCUUCUUGGUUUAAAAAACACACAUUCUGUACCUUGGGUUGAUUUUCUUCCAAAAACAGGAAAGAAAUGUUGAUUUAUGAAUUAUCAAACUGAACCACAAAGACAAAUACUAAAUGUAAUUUUUGAUAAGAUGAAAUGAGCAGAUUCUGUGUUUCUUUGUUACUUAUAUAAGUAGGUGACCAGUUCUUGCCAAACAAAAACCUAAAAAGAAAAUGUUUGGCUGUUGUAAAGCUUUGAUUGCUUCUAUGGUUUCACCACUGGGUGUUUGAAAAGUAUCUGGAUAGGUUUUAAUGUUUCAUAUAAAACUGGUUUCUUUAAAGCUUCCCUGAAUUGUGUUGAACAUAGACUACCAAAGUUGCUUCAAAUCAAUAGUUUUCUAAGAUGGAAAGUUGUGCAUCUGUAGUGGGUUUUCAGUAUAAUACCAUUUCACAGUAUGAAACAAUGCGCAAGUCAGAUGAAAUGCGUUGGUCUGUAGGAUAGGGGUGUACAAAAGGCACUUGCGCAUUUCUAACAGUUUAAUUGUAUGGCAGAUCUCCAGUUUACUACUCUGUGCAGUACCAAACAGACAUUGGAACAAAACUGCUGUUCCUCUAAAUGUCAAAUUGUUACAUAAAUGUCACUUACCAUAUCUCUCCCCCUUUGUUGUGGUUUUGUAAUUUACUUGAGUUGAAAUAUAUGCAUUUUUUAAAAACCAUUUGAACCUUCUCGGGUUCACAGUGUGCUUGCUACAUGGGCAGUGGUUUAUGUUACUUGUCGAGACUACUACCAAAAACAAGAUGUGAAAAUUUGUUUCUUUUUUGUUCCUUUGUUACCAUCUUGGGUUUUUUUCCCCUCCUCCACCACUGUUCAGAUCAGGACUCGCUUGAAGAUACUCAGCUCAGUUGCGUGUUCAGGAAUUGGCAGGCAUGUGCGAGCCUUGCUUCUCUGCCCAGACAUUGUGCCACCAAUUGUUUGCAUCACCACCAGCAAACCCACUGCCACUCCAAGUCUAAAACGCUCCUCGACAUGCCUGCUCCCUUCAGAGAAGUGUUGAGCAGAUUGAUUGAAUAUUGCAUUUGAGGUGUCUCAGAUCUUCACUGAAAGCUUGGCACUCAUUCAGUAUUUGAGAGAGAUGUCAUGAUCAACUACAAUAAAAGUUGGCAAUUUGAUGUAUGACUGGAUUCACUGAGAAUUUUGUCCUACACCAUUGAUGCAUCAGUAGUCACUGAAUCAUGAAGUUGACCUUAGCGUAAGAACUUUAUAAUCAAUGUGGUGUAAGGAGUUACAAUGAAGUGAUUAAAGUCGCCAUUUAAUCCUGACCACAAUGAUAACCCAAAAAUCUCAGGCUGACAAAUCCCCAAGUCCAAAGGUGUAGAAAUAUUUGAUUAAGGGCAUUUUUUAUGUUUAGUGUAUAUUUCCUUCCAUAAAUAUGUGGUGCACCCUUCAAUAAAUUGAACGUACAAUAAUUUGAGUUUUUCUUACUGGACCACAUAAAUGGUAGAUGUAGUUGAUUAUUGUCUGAACAGAAAUGCUGGUAAGUAUACAUAAAGCUGGUACAGACAUUUACCAAUGUCACAGAAAGAAAUUCUUGAAUCCUUUCUUACUUAGCAAGUCAUUGGUUUGUCUGAGUGGCCCCGGGGUUUGUGAUGCAGUCCGUGCUGAACUAGCUCUUCUGAGACACCUUGUGUAAUAUGCUAGUGAGGGGCUCAACACCUCUUGAUUCCCACAUGAUUGUUCUGUUGAGAAUGGAACUGCAGUUGAAGGCAGGAUCACACUGAGUUGGUACAGAAAUCCUGUUGGCUUUUGCUCUCCCGCGACAGAAGGGACAGAAGAAUGUGGUGCCUGCAAAAUGGUGACAAAGGGGUACGAAUUAUCAGGAAAUGUUAGAAGAGGAUUUCGGUUUACCUUUGUCAAAAACUAUUUUUGUAUUUCUCAGUUUUGAGAUGCCAUUAUUUCAACAAAGUGUGCACCUGCUGUAUUAAAUUGAUGGAAUAUCACCAGGACUUGCAUGCUGCCCUUCAGCCAAACGUAGGCCAUCGUGGACGUUGGAAGAUCAGUUAUCUGGCAUUGCGUUUCUUUGAUCUUCACACUCUGCAUGCUUUACUGUGCGGGAUGCUUGGUGAUUUGAAGUUAGCAUUCUUUUUUGCAAAAAUAACUGGAUGGGUUUUGAUACCUUAUCUUGAAGGUCGGGUUUGUUUCUCAGGUGAACGGUUGGCACAAGGUAGUUUGUAUGCAUAACAAAGUGUGUGUGCUUCCCAAAGCCGAUGGUCAAUAGGACUCGGUGGGCCAAAGGCCCUGUUUACAUGCUGUAUCAAUCAAUCACAGUUUGCCGAGACCACUUAGGAAGAACUAAAUUCCUGAAUAAGUAACUAACGUUGAAGAAUUUCAGUUCUAUUUAAUCAAGCAAGUCCCUUAAAUAAAUCUCACAAGAGUGUGUGGCUGGAGAAUGUGAACACCAUUUUACCCACUCCCCUCACCUCAGCACACUGUCACAAUGAACUGCAUAGCUUGACAUUUGGUUCCCAGGUCAUGUUCUGUUCAACCUUUGAUCCAUGAUUAUCCCUGGGAUCAUCGUGGUUUAGAUGCUGCAUUGAAUCCGGCUGCUAUCAUUGCGUAUGCACUACUUGGGCUGUUUCCUUCCUUAACUUAAUUGCUGGCUCAGUGUGUGGUCUAGUUCAUUUUUUUUACUACUUGUACAAACCUCGAUAUUCAGACCUCAAAAAAAAACAGAAAGGUGCCAGUUUUGAAUGUGUACAAAUCCAUAUUAUAUUCAAGCCAGUACAAUGGUUUGAUUUUUUAAACUUGUAACUAAGUAUUGAAUAACAUUCUAACACAGAAUUCUUAGAGCACUAAUUUAAUGAGAGUUGAAUGGGUUAGUUACCUUUUGAAAGACAAACUCUUCUGCAUGAAGAUUAUUUUUACAACCUUUCAGUAACUUUUAAGGGCUGGGAUUUUCUGUGGCUGUACAACCAUUUUGGAUGAAGCCUGUUCUACUCGCAUGUCACAACCAUUUUGGAUGAAGCCUGUCCUACUUGCAUGUCCUGAGGUACAUAUUCAGCUGCAUUAGACUCCUGGAACGCGUCUUAAGUGAGCCCUGAUGGUGAGUAUUGGUUUGGUUGACCAGAAGGGUGUGGAAUGCAUCACUUUUGAGCAGAAUCUUGCCUUCCAUUAAUCCACAGGAGCACAGAAUCUGACAAGAAUGACUAUUCCUCAUCAACAGUAGUAACUUGGGCAAAAAAUAUUUCUUUUUGCACCUGCAAACUUGGUCUAGUUCUAGUGUUGCAGUUUAGGUUUAGAAAUGCAGUGUAGAAACAGGCCCUUCGGCCCACCGAGUCCACCCAUACACUAGUUCUAUCCUACACACUCGGGACAGUUUACAGAAGGCAAUUAACUCACUAACCUGCAUGACUUUGUAAUGUGGGAGGAAGCCGGAGCACAGUUACAGGGAAAACGUACUUAUUGCAGACAACACCCAUAGCCAGGAUUGACCCUGGGUCUCUAGCGCUGUAAGGCAGCAAAUGUACCGCUGCGCCACUGCCGCCAACAAACUAAAACCAAAGAUUAAAACUAGUAAUGCAAUUGAUCUAUCUGCUAAGAAUUGGCAUUUAUAAUAAUUUAGCUCACUGACAGAGAAUGAAUCUGAAGCAUAAAGGAAAGCUGUAUUAAAUACCUUGAGCUAAGGUGAGAUGCUGCACGGUAGUUAUUGAUAUGUGCUUCAUUUCCUGCCUAAUGCCUGUAAUAUUGUACACUGAGAGGAAAAUAUACAAAACCUGCAGCACUGACAGGAAUAGUUAUUCACAAUAGCAAAUGUGAUCAGAGUGAGUGGUAAAAUUGGCGCACUGGACUUCUGAUUCAUGCAUUUUUUUUAUCUUACAAAUUUUGAGUGCGAUCUUUACAUUCCGCAUGUGGUGUUCCAGCUUUACACAACAUUUGGCAUGAUUUUACCCAAUUUCAUAUUAGCAGAUUUCAAAAUGCUUACCUACCUUUAUUAAGGCUAAGUACCAAUGUAACAAAAGGGGUGCAGCAUAGCAUUGGUGCCCACAGUCCACUGAUCACACGCAAACCUGUCAUCUCUCCAUGUUACAGCACAUCACGAACAUCCAUUCAGUUUGCCAUGAGUCGCAUAUAAUUCCAAAUGCUUUUUUUAUAAUCCAUAUUUAGCAAAGAUUUCCUUUAUUCUCAAUAAACCAUCUUAAAAUUCCAUGAUUAGUGAGCCAUUGGCCUUUUUCAGAAAUGUGUCUGUUCCAAAUUAACCUGCUUCGUCUGAGUGUUUAGCCAUAUUUUGUAAUGUUGCUUAUCAAUAACAACUCUGAAAAACGUUGUCAGUGCAAAAGCCACUCAGUAAUCUGUAUCAAUGAACACCACCUGUAUAUGGUACAAAAACUCAUAACAUGAUUAGAAGCAUUUGAUCUCAUUUACCAUUAUUUGUUCAUGCGUGGGAUUUGCUGAUAGAUUAAGGCAAUCAUUUGACCUGACCUGCUUGAUGAGAUUACUGCCUUGUUGUCAUGUUUAGUGAUCAAUUACUUUUACUCCAGAUACCUGAUUGGGCAGGGCAUAAAAAGAGGGAUUUAUAUUGAUUGCAGUGUUUUCACAGUAAAACCUUAUACUCUAUUUCUCGACAGAUUUAAACUUUUUCACUUGAUAAUCUUUGGUCAAAUAUUAUUGCCUGAUUGUAGAGAACACCAUGUUAACUUGGACAAAUUGGCUCAAUCUGUAAAAUGAUUAUUACUGUUUAAAAUAAUUCAAUGGUGGUACAUAGGAAAGUAUUGGUAAAGGGCAAAUGUUUGCUAAUAUAACCUGUUUGCUGUUCUGUUAGAUAGCGGCUGAUCUGUAUUGCACUUCAGAAACUCAGGCACUGGUGGAAGAAAAUAACACAGCAGCGUGGCACAGCGCUAGAGUGCCUCACAAUGCCAGAGAUCCAGGUUCGAUCCUGACUACGAGUGCUGUCUGUAUGGAAUUUGUUCGUUCUCUGCAAGGGUUUUCUCCGGGUGCCCCGGUUUCCUCCCAUAUUCCAAAGAUGUACAGGUUUGCAGGUUAAUUGGCUUCAGUAAAAUGUAAAUUUCCCCUAAUGUGUAGGAUAGUGCUAGUGUACGGUGUGAUCGUUGGUCGGCACGGACUCGUUGGACCGAUGAGCCUGUUUCCACGCUGUAUCCCUUAAAAAAGAAAUGGAGGUUCGCAUCUCAGAUGAAGCACUUCAUUGAUAUUGUUGCUUGAAUCUUGCAUUUUACUAGUUCAGUUAUUGUUGGCAGGUGAUGCAUUCCAUGGAGGGUAAAACCAAGUUUAUAAUGUACAUCGAUAAACCUAGAGGCAAUAGCCUUGAACAGACUCCACAUUGUCAGUGGAGACACAAGGAAUUGUAGUUGCUGAAAACCUGCAUCGAACACACAGUUCUGGAGUAACUCAGUGGGCCAGACAGCAUCUCCGGAGGACAUCUACCCAUCACUUGCCAGGCUUUGUCCUGCCUCCAUCUCUUAUCCAGCUUUCUCUCCCCCCUCCUCCAUCAGUCUAAAGAAGGGUAUCCCCCUGGAACGUCGCCUAUCCAUGUCAUCUAGAGAUGUUACCUGAUUCGCAGAGUUACUCCAGCACUUUGUCUCCUUCUAGACCCUACACCCAAGAGGGAGACCUAGACUCGAGUGAAGGUGAGUGGGUGGAGAGAUGUGAAGGAUAAACAUCAACGCAGACUAGAUACUUUAUGGAAAGUUAUCAAGUGUGCUAAAUGCUGCCAUUGUAACCAGGGUUACAAAUAAAGCAUUGUGUGUGUUGCGCUUUUCUGAAUAUCCACCUCUUGGUCGCUUUGCUGUCCAUGACAUGAGACAGACGGUGGCUGUAGGUGUGAUUAAGGCAGUUACUAAGAAAGAACUUGCUGUCAAAGCCACCAGGGCUGCUCGGAAAAUAAUAAACAAGAAGUGAAUAUUUCUGACACCACCAAAAUGUAGAUACCAAAAAGCAAAAUAGUGUUCUACUCCAAGUUGUUUACUCUGUGCCAGUUGUCCAUUUCCACCUCUUCAGAGCUGCUAUGUCUGAUUGCUAUUGUCACUUUGAUUGUUACAUGUUACCAUAUUCCUCCACAUACAUCUGGGGUAUAGGAACAACAAAAUAAUCAGAGAUUGUGUAGAAUCGCAUGAGGGGAGUUUACACUGAGAAAUAAUAUCCUCUGUUUUAUAGAGGUACCUCAUUCCUGGUUAUACAAUAUGUAUUUAACAGACCGACCGACCGACCGACGCACGUUCUGCUCUGUUUGGAAAGAAAGUAAAUAGUGUAAAAGCACAGGGAAUUGUCCAUCUAUGGAAUGAUGCCUCUGCUGUGUUGCUUGCUUCAACGUUCCUGAUGAUUCAAACAAACAGGACGGAUUCACAGAUUUCCUAAAUAUUUGAUAUACUAUUCUGUUCACAGUGGGGGGGAAAUAACUUUCAAUCUUCUCCCCAAAGAAGAAAGGCAAUCACUUCUAAUGCAUGCAAAAACCAGGCAACUUUGUCAUAAUUUUAAUUCUGCAAGUAGAUCUUUUUUUUUUUUAAUCCAUUGAUAAAAUGUGACUUAGAAAUUCAAUUUUCAGGUGACCUCCAUCAAAUUAUCUUUUGGAAAAGGGAAGGUCUGAUCACAAUGUGUUGACAACUAUUCUGUUUAAAUUCUGACCCUCCACCACCUCUCGGAGGUCUGUUGCAUGUUGACUUAGUUGGCUCCUUCGUGUGUAUGCUGGCGUUUCGGGCAUCUUUCUUUGCCGCCCAGUGUUUCUGCCUCUGAGAUCUACGGGCAUGUGAGAUGGUUCUUGUUCUCCUGCUCCAAGCAUUGACCUCCCUCUAUUCAAGGAAUGUGUACUGUUCAUUAAAGCAAACCUUUCUUCCCAUUGAAGCACCCUCCUAGACUUUUUGAGAAUUGAAAAAUUGUUCUUUACUGAGACUAUUCGAAUGAAAAUAAAAAAAACAAACUUCUAUCAAUGUUUUUCAUUUGGAAUAAAAUUUGCUUUUCGCAAGUCGAUUCUCUUGUUAUUUUAAUGACGGAUCUGUUUUAUAUUCAGCUAAACCUGUCAAAUUUGUGAUAUAUUGGGAUGAUCUUUCCCUGAAAAUGAACUCUUAUUAAUGGUGCAUGUUAUUAUUUUAUUUAAGCCAGCAGGGCUCAAUGUUUCAACAUUUGAUAUAAGCUGUGAAUUUACUAAAAUCUGCUAUUGCCAACA